AUGGAAGAAGAAAUGGAUACAUUUUAUAACGCAUCCUACUGGGCCGAGUUCUCAUAUCGUGGAUAUGGCAUAAGUGAAGACGGGACCUUGUUCUGCGAACAACUACCUCAUGUUGUGAGCUCUGGUGGCAUGUGGGAGAUGCGACUAUUACAUUCAAAAGGGUUGACGUUCUGGGAAUACAGUCUUCCCGUUACCGAGGCCGUAAUCGUUUCAGUACUCUGUUUAUGGCAAUUUUUCUAUUUCUUGCUAAAGAAGUUACGUCUCCCGGUGCCAAAGUUCACCUCCAUGAUGCUUGCCGGGGCAGCUUUGAGCCAAACAAGUCUUUUGCCGGAUGACUGGACGGUCAAACAAAUAUUUUUUCCGGAUGAUCUUAGGCCAAAAGUCCCUGAUACGAUUGGUGGCUUCGCUUUUGUCCUUUAUUGGUUCCUCGAAGGUGUUAAGAUGGAUGUUGGGAUGGUUAAGAAAACAGGUUCAAAAGUGGUAGUAACAGGAAUGGUCACAGUUCUUUUCCCCAUUUUCGUGGCUAACAUGGUGUUUGGUAAGCUAAGAGAGACAGGGGGGAAAUACUUGACAGGAGUUGAAUACAGGACAAUUCUAUUCAUGCAGUCCAUCUCAGCGUUCACGGGUAUCUCAAGGCUAAUAAGAGAUCUCCAGAUCAACCACUCAGAGUUCGGCAGGAUUGUGCUUUCGACGGCUAUGGUGGCGGAUGUAACGGGUUUUGGUGUUAAUCUAGUUGCCCUUGUGGCGUGGUCGGACUGGAGGGUUUCUUCCAUGCAAGGCGUAGGACUUGUCGGAUAUGUCAUAGUCAUGAUUUGUGUUGUGAGACCUGCCAUGUUUUGGGUGAUCAGACGGACACCGGAAGAGAGACCCGUGAAGGAAUGCUUCAUCUACAUCAUCAUGAUUUUGGCCUUCGUGUACGAAGCCUUGACCAUCAUCGUCGUUGUCUCCGUUGCCAAGAUUAUCUUCACAACGAUUCCUCCAUUGCUAGCCAAAAUGCCUCUAACCGACUCUUUCGUUAUGGCACUCAUCCUCAGCAAUAAAGGAAUUGUGGAGCUAUGUUAUUUUAUGUAUUCUGUUGAAGCCAGAGCUCUUCAGGCCAAGUCCUUCACGACAAUGGCUCUGAUGAUUCUAAUAAGCUCUACGAUAUUACCAGUGACGGUACAUUAUCUAUAUGAUUCGUCAAAACGAUUCAUUUCUUUCCAGAAGCGGAAUCUAAUGACCUUGAAGCUUGGAUCAGAGCUGAGGUUUGUACUGUGCAUUCACAAAGCAGACCACAUAGAGGGGAUGAUCAACCUCCUAGAAAAAUCUUUUCCUUUAGAAGAUUCCUCAAUCACUUGCUACGUGCUUCACCUCGUGGAGCUUGUGGGUUUGGACAAUCCACUCUUUAUCUCCCACCAAAUGCAAACGGCUGAACCCGGAAGCCGGUCUUAUUCAAACAACGUCUUAAUCGCCUUUGAUAGCUUCAAACAUUACUGGAAAUCAGUAUCGCUGGAACUUUUCACAUCCGUUUCAAACCCAAAGUACAUGCACCAAGAGAUUUACUCACUUGCUCUCGACAAGCAAGCUUCUUUCAUCAUGCUCCCUUUCCACAGAAUAUGGUCCCUUGACCAGACAACGGUCGUCUCAGACGAUGUGAUGCGUAGGAACACUAACAUCAAUAUCUUGAGACAAGCACCUUGCUCCGUGGGGAUCUUUGUCCAUCGCCAAAACCUUAUAUCUUCGCAAAAGAACAAUCCCUCUUUUAAGGUGUGCGCAAUUUUUGUGGGCGGGAAAGACGACAGAGAAGCCUUGGCACUGGGGAGGCAGAUGAUGAGGAAUCAAAAUGUGAGCCUAACCGUGUUGAAACUAGUCCCAGAGACAAUGGCUGGGAUGACUACAGGAUGGGAUCAGAUGCUGGACACGGCAGAGGUUAAGGAGGUACUAAGGAACAAUAACACAACUGCUGGAGCACAACAUAGUUUUGUGGAAUUCGUGGAGGAGACAGUUAAGGACGGUUCCGACACAUCAACACUCCUUCUCUCGAUUGCUAAUUCUUUUGAUUUAUUUGUGGUGGGGAGAAGCGCCGGAACAGGGACCGACGUGACGAGUGCCCUGACUGAGUGGACGGAUUUUCAUGAGUUAGGCGUGAUCGGAGAUUUGUUGAUAUCUGAAGAUUUUCCCCGCAGAGCUUCGGUGCUGGUGGUACAACAACAACAGAAUGUAGCUUGUAGAUGA